UACUCCUACUUAUUGUUGUUCUUGCUUUCCCCUCGUCAACACUCCCGCAAUGUCGUCGGAAAACUAUGGUGACGUUCCCUUGGAGGAGCUCCAGUCCAAGGCCAUCUCCGGCCGGUCCUGGACAGACAUCAGCGACCUCGAUGAGGCCGCGACGGGCCGCUCCGUGCUGAUCCGCGGGUUUGCGCAGGCGAUCCGCCAGGUCGGCAAGAAGAGGGCGUUCGUCGUGCUGCGCGACCGCAUCAGCACCGUGCAGUGCGUGCUCAGCGCCAGCGAUGACACGGGCGUCAGCACGCAGAUGAUCAAGUUUGCCGCCUCCAUCAGCAAGGAGAGCGUCGUUGACAUCGAGGGCGUCGUCUCCCUCCCGGAGAAGCCCAUCGAGGCCACAACACAGAAGGUGGAGAUUCAGGUUACGAAGGUCCAUUGCAUCAGCCCGGCCAUCCCCACACUUCCAUUCAACCUUGAGGAUGCAGCCCGUAGUGAAGCAGAAUUUGAGAAGGCUGAGCAGAGUGGACAGAAACUGGCACGUGUUCUCCAGGACACACGAUUGAACCAUCGAGUUGUCGAUCUGAGGACACCCAUGAAUCAAGCAAUCUUCGGUGGUAUCCUAGACCAUGUUGAGCACAAAUUCAGGGACUAUUUGCGCUCAAAGAAAUUUAAAGUGGUCCACAGCCCCAAGAUUAUUUCUGGAUCAAGUGAAGGCGGUGCAGCUGUAUUCAAGCUACUGUACGUUAAUGGCGAGCCUGUUUGCUUAGCACAAUCUCCUCAAUUACACAAGCAGAUGAGUAUUUGUGCUGGCUUAGGCCGUGUGUUUGAGGUUAGUUCUAUAUUUAGAGCCGAAAACUCAAACACACACAGGCAUUUGUGCGAGUUUACUGGCCUGGAUGCAGAGAUGGAGAUAAAGGAGCACUACUUUGAGGUUUGUGAUAUUAUAGACGGAUUAUUCGUAUCAAUGUUCAACUACCUCAAUGAAAAUUGCCGACUGGAACUGGAGAUCAUAAAUAAGCAGUGUCCAUUCGAGCCUCUGAAGUACCUAGAGAAAACCUUGAGGCUAACAUAUGCGGAGGGAAUUGAAAUGUUGAAGGAAGCUGGAAUUGAAAUCGAGCCUAUGGGUGACCUCAACACAGAAGCUGAGAAACAACUUGGUCGGCUUGUUAAGGAGAAGUAUGGCACAGAAUUUUUCAUUCUACAUCGGUAUCCUUUGGCCGUACGCCCUUUCUACACCAUGCCUUGUUAUGAUGACCCUGCUUACAGCAACUCGUUCGAUGUCUUCAUUCGAGGCGAGGAAAUUAUUUCUGGAGGACAACGAAUUCAUACGCCUGACCUUCUGAGAAAACGUGCAAAGGAGUGUGGAAUUGAUCUAAGCACUAUUAAAUCAUACAUAGACUCAUUCAGAUAUGGUGCACCUCCGCAUGGAGGUUUUGGUGCCGGGUUGGAGAGAGUAGUGAUGCUAUUCUGUGGCCUCGACAACAUCAGGAAGGCAUCUCUUUUCCCUCGCGACCCACACAGGCUCGAGCCAUAAGGCUAUUGGGAGGCUUCGUAUUGUAUUGGGUUGAACGUCCAAUACCCAGGAUAUUGAUAUUGAGAUCAAAUGCCAAUAUUUUUUGUUUCGAUGUUUAGAUAUUUGAAACCCAAACUUGAUAUUGAUGUAGAUUGCGAAAAUUCAAUUCGGCUCCUAGGUGCCAUA